GAUGCUGUGGGGCGUGCUGUUGGUGGCGGCGGUAGCUGAGGAGACUCCCCCGGGGCUGGUCAGCAAGGACAGCGAGCAGGACUUGAUCGCUGAAGCCAGCAGCUUAGGAGGGCAAGCGCAAAAGAGAGAGGCGGGGUUAUCCAAUUCAUAUGGUGAACCACUGCCGGCUGACGCAUAUGGCCCGCCUCAGGAUAUAAGCAACAUUAUUCCAGAUAUUCAACUCCCAGCCCCAAUCUACGGAGUACCACUGCAGGAACCGCCUCCAGGUGCAUACGGCCCUCCAUCACCUGUAGUCUUCCCGAGCCAGACCUACGAGGGUCCCCCGCCACCGAUCUCCAAACCAAGACCUAUUUAUGGACCACCAAAAGUCUACGGACCUCCAAAACCAAGCUAUGGACCACCAAAGCAAACUUAUGGCCCCCCUAAGCCUAUUUACGGCCCACCAAAGAAAACAUAUGGCCCUCCAAAACUGAGCUUACCAAAGCCAACUUACGGAGUUCCAUUCAAACCACCGAAACUCAGCCACCCAAAACCAAUUUACGGGGUUCCUAAACCAGUUUAUGGACCGCCUAAACCUGUUUAUGGACCCCCAAAACAAACAUAUGGUCCACCAUUAUUAAAUAUACCAAACUUGCCAAUCCCCGAGCUGCCUCCAAUAACUUCAGGCAUUGGUAGUGUCAGUUCGAACUUGGAUCUUGGAUUGAAUCUACCAGCUCCUAUUUAUGGAACACCACUAACAUCUCUAUCUCUACCGGGCGAUUUGAAGCCAAACUUCCCAAUUCCAGCAGAUACUUACGGCCCUCCAGGACACACGCUAGGUCCAAUAGGCCCCAAUGAUCAAGUUGUGGUCCACGAUAGCAGUAUUGGCCAUUAUGGUCCACCACAACCUGACCCAAAUCCUAGACCACCACAUCCAGGUAUCCCAGCACCGCCUACACCACCCCAUGUGCUGUAUGACGGCUGGAAACCAAUUCCUGGAGUAUCGAAACCGAUACUUGAUGUAGAACAACACAUUGGUGAUAUAAAUAUUGACGCUCAUCUAGGUGACCAAUAUGGUCCACCUCCUCCACCAGUGCAAGAUCUCCACUUGAAUUUGGACCAAGGUUUGCCAAAUUUCGACCAACCACCAGCCUUUGGAGGUGCUGCGCAAAUUACAACAGGCUACUCAAGUGUCCACCAAGAUGCAUUAGCUAACAUAGAUUUGAAUGCUAUCGUUGGAGGUGACUCUAAUCAUAUUGACCAAUCCAAGACUGUUUUCGAAGCCCAUUACACAGAGAACAAUACGCCACAAGAUAUAACUUUCAUACAGAAUUCUGUUCCAACUGGACUUGACAAACCAAUUGAUACCUAUUCAGCUCCGCCAUUAGAUUCAUUAUCUAACGGUCCAUACCCAGCCUCGAUCAGACAACACGGAGCUAAAGGACUUGUCCCACCUUCAGGGAUAUAUGGCGUACCUCCUGGAAGUCAAUACGGAGCUCCCCCGAGACCACCGCCUGCAAACUUACCAAUUCCAUACGGAUCUUAUUCAGGAGGCGGACACUCCAUCCAUACAGGAGGCAGCACGCCAAGACAUCCCAUCAAAUUCAGAGAAUCAGUCCCAGAAGGAUUAAUUCAACAAAUCGGACAAAUCACUCACCAUAAAGACAGUCAUGGACUAGAUCAUUUCAAACAGGGACCAACAUAUAUACCGCCUCCAAUUAGAGAUAUUAAGGACACCCACCAGCAUACAGGAAACCAUGGAAUUUCAAGUCUAUCCCUAUCUAUUGAACCAUCCAAUUUGUACAGUUUACCACAUGCAGGAAGUCCAAUAAAUUUCCAAAAUCUACAACAGACACCGAGUAAUUUGUAUGGAUCACCAAUAGAUUCUUAUACAGCACCUUUAUUGACAGUAGCUGAUCAUAGCGCAUCUGAUUCGAACACAAACUCAGUAACUGCAACUCUGGAUGGCACAAUACUUGCGAAUUUAUCUAACCUCGAUGCCGCAGCCAUUUUGAAACACUGCCCUUACCAUGAAGCGAUUAUUAAAGCAGCCAAAUUAGGAGACAAAAUUCCUUCAGAACUUGCAUCGAGUUACGUAGCUAGUUUAAGUUCUUUGGGAUCGACACUUUCUAAAAGCCAGCAAACUCUAAUAUCACAGCAAAAUGAUUUUAACACUCCUGUUGCAGGAAGCGAUUCAGUGUCUUAUAACACGAAUGAUUUAGCUACAGCUUCACAUACACUAGUCCAAACUAUAGUCCCUAGCAAUGAAUUUAAAAAAGAGAAAAAUGAAAAAUAUCAUUACCAGAAGGCAAAAUCAUUAGGUAAACACGGCUACAAAGACAACAGAUUACAAUACGUUUCAGAUCAAAUACAACAGACCUCAGAAAAGAUCAGACACUUGAGUGAAGAGGCGAAGCAAUUACAGCAAAAGAUUGUAACAACUAAUAAGAAUAUAAACCACGGUAAUGGUCACUUCAAUCAAUUCAACCACGAAAUCCCAGUGAAGGGGAAACAGGGUAGUUACUCUUUACAAAUUCAAUCGGCUGAUGAUGGAUUAAGAGGUAAAGGAGGUCCCCCUACGAUACCUCAUGAGCAGUUGCUUUCAGAAGGACUUCUGCAGAGUAUACUACAAGCCAUAGAGCAACCAUCUGGACAAGCAACGCAAACGAGCAUCAAGGUCCAACCUGCCCCUCAAGGUAACUUCAGACCAAAUUCGUUUAACUUCGCUAACAUAGACAAUAGAGGUUUAACUCUACCUGCUGGAUACGAACCUGUCGAUAGAACGAAAGAGAAAACCAACACUGUUGACCAAGAAAUACAAAGCACGAAUAAAGAUAUCAAAAGUAUUUUGAACAAUGAGAUAAUACAUAAGCACAGAGGUGAUAUAUCUGACUGUGAGUUAAGGGCUGAAUCUUCUAUUCAGCAUUCCGUUAUAGUACCACCUCCGAAAUUAGAGAUAAUCAAGCCAGUCGAUGAAGUCAAUGACAACGACGUUGCUAUAUUCUUUGGUAAUGAUUCUAACGACGCCAUUUUAAAUAAUGAGCCGGUAACGGAAAUAUCUGUAGCGACUAGUAUAAGUGAAAAUGUCGACGAUCUAAAUGAUAAGAAAUCAGAAUUCGGCGAGAAACUUGUGAAAUCAUGAGAUUGUAGCCAUUUUGGUAGAUUCUAGUCUAUUUUACCAGUGAGCUUUUUGGAAAUUUAUUAUGGUAUAUGCAACGAAAAAUUUUUAGACUCUAUAUUUGAUUUAUCGACUUUUUUUGUAAUAAUUUAAAUCUACACACUCAUAAUUUUAACCCUUUUGUGGAAAUUGAGAGAAAUAAAGCUUUAGACGAGGAAAAAAAACAGUUCAGUUAAAAUAAAAUUAAUAAUAGUUUAUCAUUUUUUGGCUCUAUAUUACUGAGUGAAUUUAUAAUAAGAAUAAUGUAUUUACAAAAUUAUUAUUUUUUUUACGUAAUUACUUUGUCUCAAAGUUUUAUCAAACAUGAGUCUGUAAUGUUAUUUCAACAAAUAAAUAAAGAUUAGGAUGUAAUAUAAAUACAAUAUGGCGGAUAGAAUGCUCACUGGCGCCAUUUUGGUAUAAACAGCCAUGUACAAGUGAAAGAUGUAUGGAUGAUUUUCGUCGUCCUUUUAAAAUAAAUAUACCGAAUGAAUUUUACAAACGAAAUUGAAUAUGUUUGAGAUGUAUCAUAGAUAAUGUGAUCACUUGGAUACAUUUUGAAAUCUUUAAUUUAUAGUUUUAAUUUAAGUUAUUUUCUGAUCCUCGGAUGAAAAAAGUUGUGGUACUUUUUUUUUUAUUACAUAUAAUCUUUGUACCAUAAAACGCGGCAAAGUUAUCAAUUUAUCUGUCAGUGUAGUUAUAGAAUAAUGACACUUAUUGUCAUAAUAUAUAGAACUAAAUAUUACUUGGCAAUUUUAAAUGCCCUUUUUCGCCCGAGGAUCCAUAAAGCUUAAGUACUAUUUAAUUUUUUUUAUUUAUAUGAGUAACCAUAGAGUUAAGUGUAUGCAGUAUUUGGGUGUAUUAUUAUUUAUUGAUGAUUCGAGAGGAUUCGCAUUAGUAUGUACAAUUGGUACACUGUCGUUAGUUAGUUGAUGCAUGUAAGUAAAUAAAA